GCCUUAGACCCGCGUUUCAUUCACACCAAGAAAACGAUGAGUUGCAGUCGCAUAUACUUCAUAUAUAUAUAAAUACGUAUAUAUAUAUAUGUGUACACAAAUUUCAACCCAUCGUUUUAGCCAUAACCAAGCCCCUAAAACACCUCUGAGAUCUUCCCCUGUCUGAGAGGAGUCCAACGGAAGAAGAAUCAUUGAAAACGAUCGUGAAACGACGGAGAACGGGCUUGCCGGAGUUCCGUCGGGCUAACCGUAAAAACGGAAAACGGAGAAGACGGAGGAGCUGCCGCUGCCGCCAACCCAUCAGUGACCUUCGCCGUCCCCAAAAGAGUCUUCUACCACCACCGUAUCACGAAUCCGUCGAAGUAACUUUCCUUCCCCUGCACAUCUCGUUCCGUCAAACUUACGAGGAAGAAGAACAAUGCUUUGUUUUAAAAGGUGAAUACUUAGAGACCGGAAUAGAAGAAGAGAAAUAGGAGCAUUGGAUUUGAGAAUCAUGCCGCCAAGGAGAGACCCCCAUGCAACCCCAACUGUCCAGGAGCUGGCCCAAACUGUCCAGCAAAUGGCACAGCUCAUCGGAGCGGCUCAACCCCAGAACCAUGGGAUUGACUACGCAACAAGAGUAGCCGGGCGAAACCCUCCAAAAUACAUGGGCGAGGAGGACCAUCUUAUCCUGGAGGACUGGAUUCGCACUUUUGACAAGCUCUUUGACUCACUCAAUUGUCCGAUGGAGCAACGAGUAAACAUUGCGGUGUACUAUCUGCACCAAGAAGCAGACCACUGGUGGGCCGCCAACGGACCAGCACUUCUCGAGCAACCCGACUUUGACUGGGAGGACUUCAUAGUAGCGCUGCGUGAUCGCUUCUACCCGGAUCACGUAAAAGAGGCAAAUUAUGAUGAAUUUGUCAAUUUCAAGCAAGGUGACCUGACUGUUCAGGAAUAUCACACGAAGUUCGUCCAACUGGCCCGUUUUGCGAAAGACCUGGUGUCGACAGAGGCCAGCAUGACCCGCAGAUUUGUUAACGGACUUAAUUACGGAGCCCAAAAGUUCGUAACUGUAGCAGAACCACGGAACAUGAACGAGGCAUAUAGGAAGGCUGGUAAGUACUACCUGGUACACCAGAAAGAAAGAGAGGCACAGAAGAGAGACCGGAAGAAUGCUGACAUGGAACAACAGCAAAAGAAAGCCCGAACCGACCGCCCUGAGCAAAGGCAAAACAAUCAAGGCAGUAGAACCUUCCAAUGCCAGGGUCAGGGGAGAAACCAGCCAACUCAGGCACGGUACUACAAAUGCAAACUAUGCCCAAACAACCAUCCUGGGAAGGAUUGUGCGGGGAAUGCGGUGAAGUGUUACAACUGUAACCUCAUGGGGCAUAGGGCAUACGAGUGUCGGAAACCCCCGAGCCAGAGUCAAAACCAGGGGAAUAAUCAAACCGGGGGUGGGGAUAAUCACAACUGUGGUAAUCCCGGUAACCGCCCAGCAGAGGCCAAUCGUAAUCAAGGCCAGGGAGGGCAGAACAACACCCAGGGCCGGAUUUAUGUCAUGAACCAGGCUCAAGCAAAUGCCCACGACGUGGUGUCAGGUGAAUACUUAGAGACCGGAAUAGAAGAAGAGAAAUAGGAGCAUUGGAUUUGAGGUGAUGAUGGUUAUAUUGACUGCUGAAUGCAUGUACCUGAGAGCGAGUUAGAAGUUGCAUUAGUCAAAUUUAGUCUUCAAAUAAACAUCUAUUUAUUUAGUUUUAUUGUUUUAGCUGCCUGUGCAUCCGGUCGAGAGAUGACCGGAUGUGGCGGUGACACCCAUUUCCCUAUUUAGACUUCCGCUGUACUCUUUAAAUUUUAUUAUCAAUAAAUAAAAGUUUUAUUUUAAUCA